AUGGAGUACAGGGAGAUAAGUGAGCAGGGGAAGAAAGGAGUGGGGGAAGGGGUGGGGAGGGUAAGGAGCCUGGAGGAGAGAGCUAGAUCUGGCAGUGUAGGGAAUAUUAUGGAGGCGAUUCUGGCAGGGGACAGGAAGAAGAGGGAAAGGGAGGAGGGUACGGCGAGAAGGGAAGACGGAGGAGAGGAGGAAGUGUUCAAAAGAAGUAGAAAAGUGGUCAGGUCGCCGAAGAGAGAGGGAGGGGACGCGGACGAGAUAGUAAGAAGGGUGGGGGAAAUGAUGAAGGAGUUGUUAAAGCAGGAGUUAAGGGAGGAGUGCGGGAGGAUAGAGAGCAAGGUCGACAGGUGGGCGGAUGAGGUGAGAAAGGAACACGAUGAGAUGAGAAGGCAGUGGGGAGAAGAGAGGGAAAUGUUUAAAAUGAAAAUUGAGAAGUUGGGGCGUAGAGUGGUAGAGCUGAAGAAGGAAAGAGGAACGGGGGGAGAGGGAGGGGAGGGGAUUGGAAGGAGAGUGAGGGAGGUAGAAAGAGAGUUGGAGAGGAGGGAGAGGGAGGAAAGGAGAAACAACAUAGUGAUUAGAGGGGUGAAGAUGGCGGAAGGGGAAGAGUGGGAGAGAGAAAUUGAGAAGAUAUGGGAGAAUUUAGGGGUGGAAGGAGGCAGGAAAGAGAAUAGAAGAAUAGGGAGGGUGGACGAGGGAGGGAGGGGAAUGGUGCUAGUCAGAUUGGAGGGAAGGGAGAAGAAGAUAGAAAUAAUGAGGGCAAAGGUGAAGUUGAAAAGGAAUAGAGAAAGGAUAGAAGAUGAUUUGACGAAAGAGGAGAGGAGAAUAAAAUGGCUGGUGGAAGGGCAGGCGAACGAGGAGAGGAGAAAGGGAAAAAGGGUAAGGGUAGGAUAUAUGAGGAUGUGGGUGGAGGGAAAGGACCUGGUGUGGAACGAGGACGAGGGGAGAUGCACGGACAGGGCGGGAAAAGGGCAAGGGGAAGGGGCGGAGAGGAGGGAAGAGAAGAAAUGA